AUGUUGAUUCCACAAAACUGUUAUUGUAUAAAGGAAACAGAGUGGUUUUGGUUCAGUGAAGAAAGGAGGGGGAAAGUCCCCUACGGUAAUGAUAUCGUAGAUUCAGAACAGUUGAAAUCACAGAAAAGAGAAUUAAAAGACUAUAUGGAUAGUAAAUCGCAUUCAGAAUUAGCAUCUUUAAAAAAAGAUAUCAGUGGUAAUAGUAAGAAGCUGAGGGAAGACAAAAGUUAUGUUUGGAAAAUUAUUGAUAACAAAGAUAAAUUUUCUAACAAUUCUAAUGUUUCGGAUAAAAUUACUCAGGCUUUAUGGGGUUUAAGAACCGACAAAUAUGAAUACUCUGAAGAUAUCUUGAAAGAAUAUUUGGAAAGGAUUGCUAAAAGAUCUAAAUUGAUCAAUAUUGCAGAUUCUUCAGAAGGUGGGUGGGAAACUGUAAAAGUAUAUGAGUCGAAUCCUUUAGCAGGCGAUUCCGAUGAUGACAAAACAUAA